AGUCCCGCCGAAACAGCUCAAAUCCCAUGAGCAGCCGCAAAGAUAGGAAGCCCCCCGGGGGGAAGAAGCAAGCGGAAGAACAGCGGGAGAAUGUUCUGCAGGCCGUUGUGGGUUGAGCCUUCUCGAUUCCUGUCUGGUUGGUGGGAGUUUCUGACUCGGAAAAUCGGUUAGGUUCUCGCGGAUUCCUUUGAAAACCGAUUUAGGCCGUUUACACUGGAGACUCCUAGGGUAGGGUGUCCCUGAUAUUCUGUCCGCGGGUGGUGGCCCAAAGUUUGAUUUUUGCCUGAGUUUAUAGUGCCUUCUCCCCUUAGCAAAUACGCCUCUGAUCGAAUAUACUCUUGAAUUUCUUGCUCUUUCCGGGGUCCAAGAUGUUUUUAUAUUCGCCUCUAGCCAUGCCGAGAAGGUUGAGGAGUACAUUCGGUUUGUUUGCCCCCUAUCGUUCGUUUUCUAUCCGCCUGGCUAACUGCUGCGCAGUUCCUCAAGGUGGGCAAAGAAGUCGUCGCCUUUCAAGAAUUGUCGAAUUAUUCUGUCACCGGCCAGCGUUUCCGUUGGCGACGCCAUGCGUGAGCUCGACUCCAAGCAACUGAUUACUACGGACUUUUUGAUGGUGCAUGGGGAUUUCAUAAGCAACCUACCGCUUGGGGAUGUCCUGGAUGAUCAUCGGAAGCGUAGAACUGCGGAUAAAAAUGCAAUCAUGACCAUGGUUCUGAAGGAGGGUAGUAGUGGCCUCCGGGCAAAGUAAUCUCCCAACUCGAGCUUUUGAGGAAGAGGAAGGAUGUUGAUUUGAAGGCAGGGAUAAGGGCGAGAAAGGUGUAUUUCUGAUCGACCCUGCUACAAAUCGGUGCGUCUACUAUGACGAGAUUGCUCCAUACGGAAGAGGCGGUGCCCUUGUGCCGCGUGAACUAUUGAAAGACCAUUCCGAACUUCAGAUAAGGAAUGAUCUGAUUGAUUGCUAUCUGGAUAUCUGCUCUCCCGACGUGCCUGCUCUAUUUACGGAGAACUUUGAUUAUCAACAUAUCCGUCGGCAUUUCCUCCACGGCAUUCUGACUGACUACGAUCUCUAUGGGAAGACUGUUCACACUCACAUCAUCAAGGGCUACUACUUGGCCCGUGUGAGGAGCCUUAAAGCAUAUGACGGGGUUAAUGGGGAUCUGAUGGAGCGAUUGGCAUACCCGGUGGUCCCCGAUACUAAUUUCCUAGACGGCCAAAGCUACACCUCCACGAUGGGGAGCCGCUGCAUAGACGAGGGCGCGUUCCUGGAGCAAUCGGCUAUUAUCAGGCCAUUGACGAUUAUUGGAGCCGAUACAAGUGUUGGUGAAGGAAGCGUCGUGGGAACCAGCACCAUCGGCAGAAAUUGUGAUAUUGGAUCAGGCGUGGUUAUUGAUGGAUCCUACAUCUGGGAUGAUGUAGCCAUUGGAGAUGGGUGUAGAAUAUACGGCUCAGUCAUUGCUAAUGGAGUAAAGCUGGGAAAGGACUGCAUUGUUGAGAGGGGGGCGUUGAUAUCCUAUAACGUAAAUAUUCUGGAUGGCAUCACCAUUAAAGCAGGAAGCAGGAUCACCGCCUACAAGAGAAAAUCUGAUACGGAUUCUGAUUCUGAUGAUAAAGAGGAUAAGGACGAUUCGCUUGGCGGGCACGAGUAUGAGGAUUCGGAGUCCGAGGAUGAGGAUGAGGUUAUAAGGUCCAAGAUGGAUAGCUUGGGUAAGCUACAAUCUCGGCAGUACUGUUCACGAUUCUUUGAGCUGACCUCGAAAUUGCAGGCUUUCAGGAUGAAGAUCUUGUCAAUGAUUCAGAAUCCUCAAUAUCCACGGUUUCUGACGACGAUGAGGAUUCCGAUGACGGUAUUACCCCUGGGGAUAAGAAGCUCAGAGAGCGCUCAGAUUCAGUGGCAACAGCAACAUCGGAGGAUAAUGCCGAGGCGGAUGCAUGGCAUAAGGAAGCAGCGGUAUCGCUACUCACGGCUAUGGAAGGAGACCACCCCGUCGAAGUGGCUUCGUUGGAGCUCAAUGGUCUUAGGAUGACAGCCAAUGCAUCUUGGCACCAGGUCCGGAAAGCCGCAGUCUCUGCCCUUCAUGGCCGCAUAGAACAGGUUGUGGCCACCCAAUCGAAGGGCCUGCCAAAGGCUACCAAUGAAGUCUUUACCCGUUGGGAGCCCCUCGUGAAGCGUAUGAUCUUUGACCAGGCAGACCAAUCGGAUUUCCUGUUACUGGUACAGAAGGACUGCGUUGGAAGGAAGAAUGGGGGUAGCCUUCUCCUGAAUGUUGCGCAAAGGGUCUUUGACCUGGAUAUAGUGGAAGAGGAAGCCAUCAAUGCCUGGUGGGCGAACGAGAAGAGCUCCACCAGUGCAGGUGGAAUGGGCAAGGUUAGGCAAGCUACUGAGGUUUUCGUCAAGUGGCUUGCCGAAGCAGAGGAGGAGUCCUCAGAGGGGGAUGAGGAGGAUGAGGAUAGUGAUGAUGAAUAAGGUGGCCUCCCCUGCAUCUUGGUUUGUUUAUGUAUAGAACGAUAGAUACCGUGGUUCGUGUGCGCCCCAUCGAUUUCCCACUGGGAGUUUAAUAUGGAUCUUCCUUCCUGUAUAGUAAAAUUAUUUUUUAACUUCAAUUGAAGAAGGGAAUUCGAUGGGUUCACGUAUAUUUCUGCGUUAAUUGCCCGAUCGGGCAGCAUCGUGGCACUGAUGCAAGACCGGGUUCCGAAUUACCUGAGCAGAACUGUAAUCGCAGAAAAAGUGAACACGGAACACGGAAGACAGAAGCUGUAGAUCACACUAUAGCCCUUAACCUGGUGAGACAUUCACUCCAGAUUGAAAUGUCUAGCACUAACCUAUUUGGGGAAGUGGGAGUAAAUCUACGCUGAAUUUCUUGCUCCCAUCAUGGCCAUACUGAACAGUACAGAUUUUACGGAGUUCUGAGCACUACACCACUUUUGGAGCAGGCAGUUUUUCCUAUCACGAUUACCUAAAUAAGUUAGUGCUACACAUUUCAAUCUGGACUGAAUGUCUCACCAGGUUAAGGGAUAGUGUAUCCAUUUUCCUGUAGAGAAAAUUUGCUUUACUCUUUAGCCCGAGUUCGCUAGAUUAAUGGAUGUGACAAAUACUAUACUUUUAUUUCUCUGUAAAGCUAUGAUAUUAUAAUAUUAUUAUAACUGUAAUAGUAGUAGCAGAUAGUAUAUGAUUCCUGUAGUCCUAACUUGAAAGUGGGCUACGCAAAGCUAUUCCUAUCUGAUGUCUCCAUGCUCCUAUGGCUUCUACUGUCAGAGCAGGUAAAAACUCUUAUAACUUAUAAAAACAGGCUUCUUUAACUGAACUAAUAUAUUCAACCCAAACUGUAUUAAUUGAUAGGAGGUAUCUGCAUAUUUCAAGCUUCUCUCUUCAGUUCUUUACUAGUAUUGUUGGUUUAUAUAAACUCUCUAUACUUUAGUAGCUAUCUCAAGGCCAUAGUACAGAGGGCCUGUAUUAGAAUACUAGCAGGUACAGGAAUAAAUAGAAUCAUUUAUACAAAUACUGUGACAAUCAGGGGAUGGUUUUCAACAGUUUUAUAGCUCUAAUACAAUUUAGUUUAUCGGCUAUUCAAGUAGAUCAUUAAUUUACACCACUUCUGUUAAAGUAAGAUUUUUUUAUAAGAGGAAUAUUUAUUUAGAUACAAUGAUUGCCAGUGGGCUUGCACUGAAGCAGUAGCUAGUUUGAAUAAAAAUGUUCCUACUAGUUGUACAAACUUGAACUUGAAUCUCAGUGGUCAGGCCAGGAUAUGUCUAUAUACAUACUUACCAGUAGGCUUAUUACUCCUAUAGAUAGUAUAUUGGUAGUCUAUUUACUAGAAAUUAAGCAUAAUUAAGAAAUACUAUAGUAUUUUUGGCAUGUCGAACAGGUCCUGAAUUAAACAUUUGACAAGUAGUGGAAUCCGUGCAAGGGGUGACAGGAACGUAAUGUUGUAAAGGUAUCAGGAUUAUCAGAUGAUCCAGAUAGUGCUCCGUAUGGGGGGGUUGCUGCAGUCCUUGUGCCCUAAUAACUUUAGCGUUCGAGA